UACUACUCUUACUACUACUACUACUACUACUCUUCUUGUAAGUAACAAAAAAGGGAAAAAUGGCUCACAUUGAGCUAAGAGGAGGGCUAGGGUUUGGGUGGGUGCUCAUCUUAGCUUUGGUCUCGAUGUCGUUGGGCUCAGUCCGGUCGGACCCGGAGGUCCCGUGCUACUUCAUUUUCGGGGACUCACUUGUCGACAAUGGCAACAACAACAACAUGGCGUCGCUGGCGAGGGCGAAUUACCCGCCCUACGGCAUCGACUUCCCCAACGGCCCGACCGGACGGUUCUGUAAUGGCUUGACCACAGUUGAUGUUAUUGCUCAACUGUUGGGGUUCGACGAUCUCAUCCCGCCGUACGCAGGCGCGAGGGGCGACCAACUCCUCACCGGCGUUAACUUCGCAUCCGCCGCCGCCGGAAUCAGAGAAGAAACCGGGCAGCAACUGGGCGGUCGGAUAAGUUUCGGGGGCCAAGUGCAAAACUACCAAGCCGCAGUGCAGCAAGUCGUAAAUAUUCUGGGAGACGAGGACUCGGCUGCAAAUUACCUCAGCAAGUGCAUAUUCACGGUGGGAAUGGGGAGCAACGACUACCUCAACAACUACUUCAUGCCUGCGUUUUACUCCACCGGUCGACAAUACACUCCUGAGCAAUUUGCUGAUGACCUCAUCAACCGCUAUUCGCAACAUUUAACGACUCUUUACAACUACGGAGCGAGGAAAGUGGCGCUGAUCGGAGUGGGGCAGGUCGGGUGCAGCCCGAACGAGCUGGCUCAGCUGAGCCCGAACGGCGUGACCUGCGUCGAUCGGAUCAACAACGCGAUCCAAAUAUUCAACCAGAAGCUGGUCGCGCUUGUGGACGGGUUCAACACGUUACCCGGCGCGCAUUUCACGUACAUCAACGCAUACGGAAUUUUCCAAGACAUUUUGAACGAUGCUGGAUCUUUUGGGUUAACGGUCACAAACAGAGGAUGCUGUGGAGUGGGAAGGAACAAUGGCCAAGUUACAUGCCUACCAUACCAAGCGCCGUGCCCCAACAGGGAUGAGUACCUCUUCUGGGACGCAUUCCACCCUACCGAAGCCACGAACAUAAUCGUCGGUAAGCGAUCGUACAGCGCGCAGUCGCCGUCCGAUGCGCACCCGAUGGAUCUCCGCCGUCUAGCUCAGGUCUAAGUCAUACAUAAGCCUCUGAAUUGUGGGGAUAUUUUUAGUAGCUCUCAUGCUUAUUGCUUUGCUUUGGAAGUGAUUCUUAUUAGUGUUUUGUGUGGAUCAGAUAAAGUGUAAGUAUGUGCGUUAUUUGUUUGAGACAUAGUGGAGAGUGUUUUUUUUUUUUUUUUUAUUACGUUUGUAUCUGAACAAUCAUAAAAUUCAUAUGCUGAAUAUAAGGUAUGGAGAGCCCUUUUAAUUUGCUUCA